CAAUGGCCUGUAUUUUUUAUUCAGUAUAUUAUUGUUAGUGCUUAUCUCUGUAAAUGAAUAAAUUACUGCUCUAUCUGAUAUAUUGAUGUUAUUGAGAAAUGAAUAGAUGCAGUAAUAAUUAAAUAAACGUAUUUUCAAAGUGAAAUGUUUAUACUACAGUAAUUUACCCUAAUAAGAAUCAACUGGAUACAAUGAGUGCUGAAGAAAGAUUUGUAACGGAGGUACCUAGCAGUCUAAAGCAGUUAGCUAGACUGGUUGUACGUGGAUUUUAUACUAUAGAGGAUGCCUUAAUCGUGGAUAUGUUAGUUAGAAAUCCCUGUAUGAAGGAAGAUGAUAUUUGUGAAUUAUUGAAAUUUGAUCGCAAAAUGUUGCGUGCUAGAAUAUCUGUACUGCGUAAUGAUAAAUUUAUUCAAGUCAGACUGAAAAUGGAGACUGGUUCUGAUGGGAAAGCACAGAAAGUUAACUACUAUUUCAUUAACUAUAAGACGUUUGUAAAUGUGGUGAAGUACAAGUUAGAUUUAAUGAGAAAGCGGAUGGAGACCGAAGAACGUGAUGCUACCAGUAGAGCCAGUUUCAAGUGUACAAACUGUUUGAAAACAUUUACAGAUCUCGAGGCAGAUCAGCUGUUCGAUAUGACAACAGGUGAGUUCAGAUGUACCUACUGCCGAGAAGUUGUUGAAGAAGAUCAGUCAGCUCUGCCAAAGAAAGACUCGAGGUUAUUAUUAGCAAAAUUUAAUGAACAGCUCGAGCCAUUAUAUAUCCUAUUACGAGAAGUAGAAGGAAUAAAAUUAGCUCCAGAGAUAUUGGAGCCAGAACCUGUAGAUAUCAACACUAUCAGAGGAAUCGAUGCAAGGAAAGCAAGUGGUCUACGCGCUCCUGGUGAACAAUGGUCUGGAGAAGCAACAAGAUCGGCUGGCUUCAUGGUGGAAGAUACUAGAGUGGAUGUUACGAUAGGCGAUGAAUCUGCCAAUGACAACACAGCUAAUCGCAGAAAAGAAAGACCAAUCUGGAUGAUGGAGAGUACAGUAAUUAAUGCCGACGGUUCUCAGACCGAUGCGGCGAGCGCGCAAGAGAGUAUCCUUGACAAGGCUGCCUCAAAUGCUACAAACACAACAACAAUGAGCAACAACAAGCAAGGAGAAGAUAUUAUGUCUGUACUUCUGGCACAUGAGAAGAAAGGUGGCACCAACGCAGCUAAUGCUGUUAAGGCUGUACUUCCUCAAGAAUCCAGUGACAGUAGCGAUAACGAGGAAAUUACCGAAAUGCAGACAGUGGACACUGGCGAAGUAGAAACUAUGGACUCUGAAGAUGAUGACCUGUUACCGACUGUUAGCGUGGGGGGUAAAACUGUGGCAAUCACGGAUGUUAAUGACACGUUAAUUGCGGAAAUGACACCUGGUGAAAAGGAAGCUUACAUUCAGACAUAUCAGGAAUAUUAUUCGCAUAUGUACGACUAACUAUGAUGGCUGAAUAUUAUAUUUUUCACGUGGUACAGUUUGUUAGUGGGACUACAAACUGCAAUAGUGUAAUAUUUUGUAUAGACAUCGAAAUAAAUGAAUUUUUUGGAAAA